UAGAAUUAAAAUAUUUCAGACCAGACCCAACCCAUCUCCUACAACCAUCUGUCUCUCGGUGUGUUUCUGUGAUCCUCUCUCUCUCUCUCCACAAACCUAAAAUCUCGGGACUUUCGAUCUCAGAGGAGGAUCGAGAAAGAGAGGAUUAUCGAUGAUGACGAUCGUAUCGACGCUUCUCGAAUCGAAGACGGCUAAAUGCUAUGCUCCGAGCUUCAUCACCGUCAAUCUCUGCCUUGCUCUUAUCGAUGGCGCUCUCGCUUUCAUCGCAUUCCUUCAGUUAACUCGGUUUCACCGGCGGGAUAAACGAGUUGGAUGGACACGGCAAAAGGUGCUUCAUCUUAUGAUUGGCUGUUCAAACACUGGUUCUCUCAUCUAUUUCGUGGCUGCGGUUAUAGCAACUUGCACAAGGUGGCAUCAUUGGUCCACCGCAUUAGGUUUUCUGCUUAUGGCGUUUCCAAAGAUUCUGUUUCUUGCAACUUUCCUCCUGCUUCUCUCUUUCUGGGUAGAUGUUUGCCAUCAGGGAAAUGGAGAGGAGGAGGAUGAGGAUGAUGAGGAAAAUAGUAUCCAGCAAGGGUUGCUCGAGAAAAGCAAGAGCAAAGCAGGCUCUUCGAGUGCAAGUGACCGCAGAAAGUGUUGCUCUUUCCAUGGGAUUCAUCUUGGGACCCGUCAGAAGUUUGUUGUUGCGGCGGUUGUUCUUGUGUUCAUCUUGAUGAUAUCAUUUGCAAUCCUUAUCUGGAUUGCUUCCGGUGAUAACUCUGCCGAUCCUUCACUAUUGGCUGAGGUGUAUGUAGAUAUUUUUGCUUCAAUAGUGUUAAUCACAGGAGGAGGAAUAUGCUUCUAUGGAAUGCGUCUGCUCUUUAAUCUAAGGAAGGUACGGUCUGAACAAGUUUCAGCAGAGAUGAGAAAGGUAUCAGGUUUAGCUGGUGUCUCAGUUGUAUGCUUCACCGUGAGCUCUUUAAUCGCUCUUCUCACACACAUUCCGCUCUUCUACCAUUGGAACCCAAGUAAAUUGCACGGUGUCAAGGCAUUGGUUCUUCUGAUCAUAUACUAUUUCAUAGGUUCGACAGUACCAUUGGCUUUUGUUUUAUGGGUUUUGAGGGAGUUACCUCCUCAAGAGAUUGUGAGUAGACGAGAAGAACCAAGAAGAAUCACUUAUGUCAACUAUGAAAGUGUUCCAAGGCACCCUCCUCAGCAGCAGUGGACUGCCACAACCGUUUCUAAGAAUCAGGUUUCAAAGGCAAGUCCAAUAUGACCCGACCCCAAAUAAACAUAUCAUAGUGAUUAGCCUAAAGUGAGAAUGCGCCAAUGUUCCUCCCUUGUUGUUACCGGGGGUAAAAAAAAACUCGUGAAGCUGCUUACUGGUCCUUAGGCCUAACAAGGUGUGUUGUGCUAGAAGGAAACGAAAGUGGAAACAAGCUCGUUUUCUUCUCCUCACUCUCUCUGCGUCGCCUUGGAAGAAAACAGUUUGUUUAUAAAGAUAGAAUGGAGGUUGAAUCUGUGGAAGCUUUGUAAAUAUUCUUUGAUUGCAUGUUUUUUUUAGUGUUAGUUGCACUUGCAUGAUGUGUUGUGGAUACAUAUCUUACUUCUUUUUGGUUAACGUGUCUCUCAAGUUUCUUAUACAAACGUUUGUGAGGCUGUGGCA